UUAUCUCUCUCGCGGUAUAAUUUCUCUCUCCCCCCUCACUCGCGAUAUGCUGUUGCGCAAAAGCAGACACUGCAGGGAAGAAUACAGCAAGUGAAGGCUAGCCACCGGCAUCCCGCUUUUUCUCCGUCUUUGUCCCUCUCUCACUCUCUAAAAGAGAUCUCUGCUUACCCUUCCAUCACCACCCAUCAUCUCCACCGUCUGAGCCAGGUUGGGGUUAGCUAAACUGGGCAUUGGCAAAGGACAAAGAGGUAAGAGAUCAUAGGUGAGAGAGUGACCCCACAGCAGGCGUUCCAUCCCGCCACGCUCCCCUCCUCGUGACCUCAUGUAUCCUGAAUCCAACCAGGACUCGCCGGCGCGCCUCUCCCAUAAACAGCAUGCAUCCCCUGGCAUGAUCUACAGUGCUCGGUAUGGGAGCCAUGGGAGUCCCAGCAAGCGACAGCUGCAGUACUACAGAAACCUGGGCAAGUCUGGAUUGAGGGUGUCCUGCCUGGGAUUAGGCACGUGGGUUACCUUCGGAGGACAGAUCACAGAUGAGAUGGCGGAAGAAAUAAUGACAUUGGCCUAUGAGAACGGGAUCAAUCUGUUUGACACAGCGGAGGUCUACGCUGCAGGGAAGGCAGAGGUCGUAUUGGGAAACAUCAUCAAGAAGAAAGGUUGGAGGCGCUCCACUUUGGUCAUCACCACCAAGAUAUUCUGGGGAGGAAAAGCAGAAACAGAAAGAGGGUUGUCCAGAAAACAUAUAAUCGAAGGACUAAGGGCAUCGCUAGACCGACUGCAGCUAGAGUAUGUGGAUGUCGUUUUCGCAAACAGACCAGACCCCAACACACCUAUGGAAGAGACGGUGCGGGCGAUGACCCAUGUGAUCAACCAGGGUAUGGCCAUGUACUGGGGAACGUCGCGCUGGAGCUCCAUGGAGAUCAUGGAGGCGUACUCAGUGGCCAGGCAGUUCAACCUGAUACCCCCUAUAUGUGAGCAGGCUGAGUACCACAUGUUCCAGAGGGAGAAGGUGGAGGUGCAGCUUCCCGAGCUCUUCCACAAAAUAGGUGUGGGUGCCAUGACGUGGUCUCCGCUGGCGUGCGGGAUCAUCUCAGGGAAGUACGAUAGUGGGGUACCCCCGUACUCACGGGCCUCACUAAAGGGCUACCAGUGGAUGAAGGACAAGAUCCUGAGUGAGGAGGGGCGCCGUCAGCAGGCGAAGCUGAAAGAGCUGCAGGCCAUUGCCGAGCGACUGGGCUGCACCCUGCCCCAGCUCGCCAUCGCAUGGUGCCUGAGGAAUGAAGGGGUGAGCUCUGUGCUACUGGGGGCCUCCAGCACAGAUCAACUGAUGGAGAAUCUAGCAGCAAUACAGGUUCUUCCAAAGUUGUCGUCCUCCAUCGUUCAUGAGAUGGAUAGUAUCCUAGGCAACAAGCCCUAUAGUAAAAAGGACUACAGAUCCUAGAGGCUGCCUGAGGAACAUUGUUGGGCGGAGGUCAGCAUCUUCCUUCUUCCACGUCUGCGACCAACUUCAGUUGAACAUGACACCAGGCACCAUGGGAAAUAUAUAGCCAUUGAACCACUUGGGAAAGUCAAUCAGAGUAUCUAAAUAUAUAUAUAUAUAUCUUUCUCCCAACCCAAAGAUUUUAGAGGAGACUUGGAGACAUUUCCCAUCCAAGGAAUUGUAUUUUCACCAUUCACAGUCCUUAAAUGCACUUUGUUCAUAAACUAUUUAUUCUAAAACAGAUUCUUGAUUGAAAAGGUUCAGAAUCCAGAAUACCUUUGAAAUGGUUUUUGUCUUGUAUAGGUCCCAUAAAAUGAAUUGAUCCAGCACUCCAUUAAAGAUGCAUUGUGCAAAAUCACAAAAAUUCAAAUAGUUCGCUUAAUUUCAGUAUAUAUGACAAAACAAGCAAGUAUAGUGCAGAGAAUCACUGUAACAUCUAAACCGCUGUGAAAUAUGUUCUCCAUAACCAACAAUAUUUUCAGCUGUUUGAAGCUAGUGUGCAAAACUGAAAGUAAGACACAAAACAAAACUUAAGAACAGGAGCACAUAGAACAGAUCUGCUGCUUCUUAGACUUGCUUUCAAUGAGAAUGACAUAUCUUUAACACACAUUUCUAUGUGAAUUUGGUCAGGCCGCCCAAAAAGUUACAUAUUGCAACUUUAAAUAGCUAAUACUGAACAUUUGUUGAGAUUACCAAAGCUGAUACUAUUCCAUGCGUAGGAAAUAGAAAUAGAAUGAUGAGUGGACAUGAUUCUGUAUCUGAUAUAAAGGGCAUGUGUCCCACUACUCUGAUGAUGAGUUGAAAAAGGACAUCGAACACUUAAAUAGUUAGUAUGGUUAAACCACACCCAUUCAACUAAGGCAACUUGGGCUGCCAUCUUUUCAACUGGCAAAAAGUUGAGAUCUUGCCUGCACCCACUCUUUCUUCAGUUUACAGACUGAACCAUUAUGAGUUAUUUCUGAAUUUCACCUAGCUACAAGACUGUACAUCUGCCAGUCUGUGUGUUUUUUGUUGUUGUAAGCCUACCGAAUGGCUGGCUAUUCAUUGUAUUUCUUUACUUAUAUACCUUUACACACACACUCCCUCCCUCUGCAUCAGUGUGAAGAGGGCAGCCAUCCCAGCCGUGUACAGUAAUGGCUUUUCAGAGAGCACUCAGUGAGAAAACCCCUUGCCUCAAAACUCUGUCACAUCCUAUUGUGACUCGAUCAGGUUAAGUGUUUUUAACUUUUUACUCUCUGUAUCGCAGAAGACAGGGUCCCAGGAUUGGUCAUGCAAUUUUCCCAGAGUGCUCGAUAAAACAGCUUCCUGUGUUAUGAAGUUAUGUAACACAAAACAGAACAAACUGGCACCACCAAAAACUACUUUUCCCUUCCCGAAAAUAUAUAUGUUUGAUUAAAGUGUCAUGUUCCAUUUUCAUAAAUGCUUUCAAAGCUACAAAAUAGUGAAGGUCCAGUGGGCAGUUAUAUUAGAGUGUGUGUGUGUGUGUGUGUGUGUGUGUGUGUGUGUGUGUGUGUGUGUGUGUGUGUGUGUGUGUGUGUGUGUGUGUGUGUGUGUGUGUGUGUGUGUGUGUGUGUGUGUGUGUGUGUGUGUGUGUGUGUGUGCGUGAGCUCACUUUACCUGGUCGUGGUCACUGCUGUAGUUGGACAAGAGACAUGUUCACUCGUCAAAAGCCAAAGAGAACACCCCAACACACAUAUUACUGUACUGUAUAAUACUCAUGGCAUCUAAGUGGUUUCUGCCAGUCAGAGUGACUGUGGUUAGUUUUGAUUUCAGUCUCAAUGUCGCUUGAGAUUCAUUUAGGAAUGCUUUCAUGCAGCCGAGUCUCCUUUCCUCUGUCAUUGAAGAUGUGGGAACAUGAUAUUUGGGAAACACAGUUGCAAACAUAGUAUUUUCUGUGUUUGCAAUGUUGCAUUUACUGCCUAAUGAUGUUGUGUCCCUAUUCUAAACAUUUUUCAAAAGCAUUUGUGACCGAGACACACCGGAUGUAUCUCAUUCUAAAUGAGGUAGAGAUAGAGAUAGAAAGAGAGAAAAAGAGAGAGAGGGACAUGUCUCAGUCAAAGUCAAUGCUGCAAACCUCAGGAGUAUCUUUGUUGGGUCUUUGGCGCCACCUUCAGGUCAUAAAACAUCAAUGGCUGCAUUGAUGUUGAUGUUUCUUGUCUGAGAAAACACCCAUCCUGUCUACAAUUGGUAUUAAAACCUGAUCCAUGCUUCACCUUAACAUUUUGAGCUAUAUAUUUUGAUUUGAUAAUGUAAUUUCAAUUUGGCAAGAUAACUUGCCAUUAUAACGACAUGCUCUAACUAUGGCAAUGGAUGGUCGAUGGUAUGAUACCAUUUAGUAACAAGACAGUGAAGUCUACAGUAAAUACAAUUUUGUAACACCUUACCCUCUAGUUUGCAUAAGUAUCUAUACCCAUUGGAGUUGUGACACUGAGAUAGUUGGCCCACAUCAACUCUGCUGUCCAACCAGUUACUGAAAUAAAUAACUGGGUCUGAAAUGACUGGAACUUGAGCGUUAGGUCUGAUGAUAGUUUAAGGUAGGCUGAUGGAUGUGUUUCCAGGAUAACUUAGCCCGUAGUUCAGCACAACAUAGGCCUGCAAGAUUUAUGGGGUGUCCAGAUUUGCAGGACACCAGACAAAAAAAGUGACUGUUUAUAUAUUGCAUGGUCACCCACUAUAACACUACUCUUUAGCUAAUGUUGAUACAAAUACAGCAUAUUGUCUGAGUGUAAACCUUCAGCUUUUUUAAAGUUGUAUACCUAUGUUUUACAUGUAACAUACCUAUGUUUCGUAUGCUUAAAUUAUGUAUCUAAGGAUUACAACUGGCCUCGCCUGUAAGGCUUUUGGGCUUUCACCAAAGCUCACGACUGAGCAACAUAUAGGAAACAUCUUAUUUUAAAGACAGGUUAUAUACUGUAACCGCUCAAAUUGUACAGUUGCAUAUGUGUGUGAGUGGGUGCAUGUGUUCAUGAGUGCGAUCCUGUGUAUGUGUGUAUACUAGUAACCAACACUGCUCUCUUAUGUUUCGUACUGUGUGUUCUGAUGUUGACUUUGUGCAUUUCUCUGAGCUUGUGGUCACCAAGCCUGGUUCUACCUAGUCCCAGUGAGCUACUGCACAAGGCAUCUCUACAUCAGACUGUCACUUAGAAACAUUAAGUAAAGGAGUGUGUUGGGAGCUAGCCUGGGUGCCAGGAGAAAGAGAUGGGCACCCAAGCUAUGCGUGAGCCUCAUCCAAUGAAAAGUGAUUAUUUAGCCACAGAUCACUCUCUUUGGGUGUGUUUUAAAGUAAAUUUACAUUAUAUAACAUUUCUAUCCUUUCCAGAUUGAUGGAAUGCUGGUCAGACACAAGUAAAUGCAGCCCGAGCAUCUAGUUAAGGCACGCUAUAAAGACACACACUAUGUUGUAGAUAAGAGCAAACAUAAUCAACUAAGUAGAGUACGCUACUGUGCAUUUCAUGUAAAGGGACUAAUUCACAAGCUAUUUUAAUGGUCUUAUUUUUACACACACAAAUACUGUGCAGCAUAGGAAUCUGUAAUGUAGUCAACUGCAAGCUAUUGUACAUUUGCAAUGUCAAAAUACAUUAUGGAUUCACAGAUUCUUUCUGUACUGUAUAUAAUCUAAAUUCUGUAUAUACUGUAUGGCUGUUAGCUAUCACUUUCUGCCUUUGUUUUAUCUUCUGUUCAUUUUGCAAGCAUUGCUUACUGAAUUGUGAUUGAAGCAGACUUUAGGUGAAUUGUGUUUACAGCUUGAGAACGUAUAAAUAUUAAAAUAAAUGCUAUAAAUAAAAAUAAACGUAUUGACUUCAUACAGAA